AUGCUCGACACUACACCGUCAUCAGACACGAGGUGGCCCUCCAAAAGAGAAGGCCACAAGACGUAUGACGAGCAAAAGACUGGGCGCGGAGGAGGCUUUGGUGGUCUGGGCGCAUUUACGACUGCUCAUACGGAUCGUAUCAAUGAUCUCGCCCACCGCCUAGGCCGAAAGAUGACUGAGUCGCCACGCACACAAGCACGCCAGAAGCGGAGUAUUCACAUCCCGGCACCUGCACCUGCACAUCGCCAAUCCGUGUCUGCGAAUCGAGGUGACCGGAGUUCGCGCAACUAUAUGCGUGUCCAGACGCCGCCACCCGUUCCAAUCAUCUCUUCGCCUGUAAGCAGGACAGACACAACUUCUGCAGAUUCUACAGUCUACACAGUCCGAUACCAUCCGAUAAGCGAAACACCACCCCCUCUCCCACCGGGCACCGCAGAAGGCCGCUCAAAUCGAAACGAGAUGCCCUCGGAAACGCAAACACAAACACAAACACAAACACAAACACAAAACCAACACAACCAACACUCUGCUACCGACCCUGAAGACCCCGAGAAGGGUGCGAAUGUGCAUGGAACUGCGGCCGCCAACAAAAGUAAAUGGCAUUGGCAAGCAGUUGCGAAUACGUUUCGCCGCCAUGGUCGUACCCCACCGCAAGAAUUGCAAAGAGGGCGAGUAAUUGAACCACUUGCAGUUGAUGAUGUAGCCGCAAACAUUCCACCACGAAACUACAGUGGCCUUGCACUGGCGGACCGAUUGGGAACGUUUGCCGCACAACAAGGAGAACGCUUCCGGGCAAAGAAGAGGAAUGAUAUGCAAGCCGAAGCCACGCUGCCCGUGACUAUCAUACCCGCCCAGCCCCGUGGUCAGACCUGGUCGCCUGAUAUUAUAGUUCAGCAGCAACGAGGCCACCACGAAGAGACUUCUGCAACAGCUGGUUUGAAUCUCACCAGAGUUCCAACCGCCAUCGAAGAGGAAGAUAUAUCUUCACCCACGCAAUCAUCUGGAGGCACACGGUCGAGUGAUUCCGCGCUGAACUCGUCUUCGCCAGUUGGAUCGAGCCGUGCGUCUCACGUGCGAUUUGCGUCAAACAUCGCACUCCAUGCGAACGGCAGUUCCGACGUCUUGGGCAACCAGACCGUGGCUCACUCAAGCACAAAUCACGACAGAUAG